AUGGCCUCGUCCGCAAACACUCUCUUCCGCGCCUCGCGCCCUCUCUUCCGCCAGGCCACCAUUGCUCAGCCUGCUCGCCAGGCUUUCCGCCAGCAGACCUUCCGACAGAACUUCUACCAGGGCAGCGGCCGUCGAUGGCAGAGCACCGAUGGCGCCCAACAGCAGCAGCAGGGCUGGUUCAAGCGCAUGUAUGAGAGCGAGAUUGGCUUCAAGACUGUGCACUUCUGGUUCGUUGACGAUAAUUACAACUCGCGAUAUCCCGCCUACGAAGACGGCUACGUCGGUACAAACGAGAUAAGCACACAUACUGACUUGUGGGCUCUUGUCCUUGCCGGUAUCUCCGAUUUCGCUCGUCCCGCCGAGAAGCUCUCCUUCACCCAGAACCUCGCCCUUACCUGCACUGGUAUCAUCUGGACUCGCUGGUGCUUGAUCAUCAAGCCCAAGAACUACCUACAUUGGCUCACACUCCACUACAGCCUUGCUGCCGUCAACUUCUUCCUCGGACUGGUUGGUGUCGUUCAGGUCUCCCGAAUUCUCAAGUACGAGUCCGAGAAGAAGAAGGGCCUACACGGUGUCGUUGAGGACAUCAAGGCCGAUGCCAAGGAGACCAUCCGGGAGGUUAAGCCUUAA